CAACUGACUGGUUCUUCUGAUGUUUACACAGGAUACCAUGUUGAGACAUUCUCUACAUCCAGAGUGCAACAGCAGGAAGAUCAGAGAGCGAAGAGGUCUCAUCACUGCCCACAUUGUGAAGAGAUUUUCCCAUUUCUAUCAAAGCUAAAAAUACACCUAAAAAUACACACAGGAGAGAAGCCUUACUCCUGCCCUGACUGUGGAACUAGUUUCUCUAAACUUUCCAACUUAAAAUCACAUGAACGUAUACACACAGGAGAGAAGCCUUACUUCUGCUCUGACUGUGUAAAAUGCUUCAAAACAUCAACUCAGCUAAAAGUUCAUCAGAGAACACACACAGGAGAGAAGCCUUACUCCUGCUCUGACUGUGGAAAAUGCUUCACAACGUCAACUGAUCUAAAAGUUCAUCAGAGAACACACACAGGAGAGAAGCCUUAUUCCUGCCCUGACUGUGGAACUAGGUUCUCUAAACUUUCCAACUUAAAAUCACAUGAACGUAUGCACACAGAAGAGAAGCCUUACUUCUGCUCUGACUGUGUAAAAUAUUUCAAAACAUCAACUCAGCUAAAAGUUCAUCAGAGAACACACACAGGAGAGAAGCCUUAUUCUUGCCCUGACUGUGGAACUAGGUUCUCUACACUUUCCAACUUAAAAUCACAUGAACGUAUACACACAGGAGAGAAGCCUUACUUCUGCUCUGACUGUGUAAAAUGCUUCAAAACAUCAACUCAGCUAAAAGUUCAUCAGAGAACACACACAGGAGAGAAGCCUUACUCCUGCUCUGACUGUGGAAAAUGCUUCACAUCGUCAACUGAUGUAAAAGUUCAUCAGAGAACACACACAGGAGAGAAGCCUUAUUCCUGCCCUGACUGUGGAACUAGGUUCUCUCAACUUUCCAACUUAAAAUCACAUGAACGUAUACACACAGGAGAGAAGCCUUACGUCUGCUCUGAAUGUGGAAAAUGUUUUAAAACAUCAAAUGAGCUAAAAGUUCAUCAGAGAACACACACAGGAGAGAAGCCUUAUUCCUGCCCUGACUGUGGAACUAGGUUCUCUAAACUUUCCAACUUAAAAUCACAUGAACGUAUACACACAGGAGAGAAGCCUUACUUCUGCUCUGAAUGUGGAACUAGGUUCUCUAAACUUUCCAACUUAAAAUCACAUGAACGUAUACACACAGGAGAGAAGCCUUACUUCUGCUCUGAAUGUGGAAAAUGCUUCAAAACAUCAAAUGAGCUAAAAGUUCAUCAGAGAACACACACAGGAGAGAAGCCUUAUUCCUGCCCUGACUGUGGAACUAGGUUCUCUACACUUUCCAACUUAAAAUCACAUGAACGUAUACACACAGGAGAGAAGCCUUACUUCUGCUCUGACUGUGUAAAAUAUUUCAAAACAUCAACUCAGCUAAAAGUUCAUCAGAGAACACACACAGGAUAGAAGCCUUAUUCUUGCCCUGACUGUGGAACUAGGGUCUCUAAACUUUCCAACUUAAAAUCACAUGAACGUAUACACACAGGAGAGAAGCCUUACUUCUGCUCUGACUGUGGAAAAUGCUUCACAACGUCAACUGAUCUAAAAGUUCAUCAGAGAACACACACAGGAGAGAAGCCUUAUUCCUGCCCUGACUGUGGAACUAGGUUCUCUAAACUUUCCAACUUAAAAUCACAUGAACGUAUACACACAGGAGAGAAGCCUUACUUCUGCUCUGAAUGUGGAAAAUGUUUUAAAACAUCAAAUGAGCUAAAAGUUCAUCAGAGAACACACACAGGAGAGAAGCCUUUCUUCUGCCCUGACUGUGGAACUAGUUUCUCUCGACUUUCCUACUUAAAAUCACAUGAGCGUAUACAUACAGGAGAGAAGCCUUACGUUUGCUCUGACUGUGGGGCGAGUUUCUAUCAUCUCGGAACCUUAAAAACACACCAACGUAUACACACAGGAGAGAAGCCUUACUCCUGCUCUGACUGGAAAAUGCUUCAAAACAGCAAAUGAGCUAAAAGUUCAUCAGAGAAAACAAACAGGAGAGAAGCCUUACUUCUGCUCUGACUGUGGAAUUAGUUUCUCUCAACUUUCCCACUUAAAAAUACAUGAACGUAUACACACAGGAGAGAAGCCUUACUUCUGCUCUGACUGUGUAAAAUGUUUCAAAACAUCAACUCAGCUAAAAGGUCAUGAGAGAACACACACAGGGGAGAGAAAAAGGUUAAUCAGAGAACACAGGCAUGAGAGAAGCCUGCUUAUGUCUGCUCUGACUUUUGGGUGAGUUUCACUCACCAUAGCAACUUAACACACCAAAGACUAUAGACGUCUAGCCAAAGGCUGCGUGUUUGAAUCUCAUCAAUGACGACUUAGCAAUUUAGCUAACUAGCAACUUUGCAACUUCUUACUAAUUUUUAGCUAUGUUAGCAUGUUAGCUUAGCAUGCAACUACUUAGCAUGUUAGCUAACCUUUCCCCUAAACCCAUUUAACUCUACCUUAAACCCCUCACCCCUAACCUAGCUAACGUUAGCAACAACAAAUUGGAAUUCGUAACAUAUCAUACAUAUUACAAGUUCGUAACAUAUUGUAUGAAUAGCAAUGCGUAACAUAACAUAUGAAUUGUAAUUCUUAACAUCUGAUAUGUCCUACAAGUCGUAUUAUACUGAACAACAAUCUAAAUGGAACAAUUUCAAAGAUUUACAGUUCGUAUAAGGAUAUCAGUCAAUUGAAAUAAAUGAGGCCCUAAUCUAUGGAUUUCACAUGACUGGGCAGGGGCUCAGGCUUGGGUGGGACUUUGGAGGGCAUAGGCCCACUUGGGAGCCAGGCCCAGCCAAUCAGCAUGAGUUUUUCCCCACAAAAGGUCUUUAUUACAGACAUAAAUACUACUCAGCCCCCUCCCAGACAAUCCUGCAGGUGAAGAGUUCCUGGGCUGCCGUGGUUACAUGUGUUCUGCAUUUGUGAGGCCUGUUGGAUGUACUGCCAAAUUAUCUGAAAGGACUUUAGAGGUGUCUUAUGGUAGAGAUAUAAAUAUUGAGUUCUCUGUUAACAGCUCUGGUGGACAUUCCUGGAUUCAUCAUGACAAUUGCACAUUCUCUAAAUUUGAGACAAAUGUGACAUUGUGUUGUGUGGCCUUUUAUUGUCCCCCAGCACAAGGUGCACCUGUGUAAUGAUAAUGCUGUUUUAUCAGCAUCUUGAUAUGCCACACCUAUCAGGUGGAUGGAUUAUCUUGACAAAGGCUGAAAUGCUCACUAACAGGGAUAUAAACAAAGUUGUGCACAACAUUUGAGAGACAUUAGCUUUUUGUGCAUAUGGAACAUUGCUGGAUUUUAUUAUUUCAGCUCAUGAAACCAACACUUUAAACAUGUUUAGUUUAUAUUUUAGUUUAUUUACUGUGAUAGUCCAAACAUACUAAAUGGAGUGGCACUGAUGUUUGUUGUAUAAUAUAAAACGUUUUGCUCUGAGACCAGGUUGUCCCUCUGCAGUAUUCUGUGGGAAGGAGCUAGUAUACCCUUUUUAAUUGUUUUUAUUGAACCUUUGUUUAACUAGGCAAGUCAGUUAAGAACCAAUUCUUAUUAACAAUGGUGGCCUAGGAACAGUGGGUUCAGAUUUUUACCUUGUCAGCUCGGGGAUUCGAUCUUGCAACCUUUUGGUUACUGGCCCGCUCUAACCACUAGGCUACCUUCCACCCAUAACAUGUAUCAGAUAGAGAUGGUGUGAUGAUCACUUUUCACCAUUAGUUUGGGGAGGAUUGUUUUACAACUUUAUUUAAUGAUACACAGUUUAUGAAAUGAAUACAUGUGUUUAUGAAUUGUCUUUAAAGCUAGAUGAGUUAUUUUAGUUACUGAUCAUGAAUGUGUUUGGACAACUGCAUUGAAGAAAACGUUACUGAUCUGCCAAUGAAAAAUAAAGUUACAUGAAUAUGUACUGGUCAA